AACCAACGGCGCCAGCCCCAGAGCCCCUUCCUCCUCCUCCUCCACUUUCCGCCGGACCCUCCACGCGCCGCCGUCGCGCCGCCCCUCCCUCGGCCUCGCCGCGGGCGGCCGUCCCGCUCCACCUCUUCUUUCACCGGGUCACUUCUGUCAGUAGGACAUAAGAUGGACAUCUCCAAAAUAUAGAAAGAAGAUAAGUUUAGUGGUAGCAAGCAGCAAUGAUGAUACUUGGAGUGGCCCUCCGGGCACUUAUGUAGGAUAUCUUGGUGGUUUUAUUUAAGGAAAAAAAAGGCAUGCUUUUGUUGAGUCAAACACAGUCGGGCUGACAGCAUCAGCAGAAGAUAAAAAGAACCUAAUGGUAGAGUGGCAAAAACGAAAUGGGCAAAACCUUGUCCUAUUGAUAUCAAUGUAAACAAUAAAAUUGUAUCGACAAAUUGCUUUGCAUGGAGAUGUCCUAUUCCACUAUCAAUAUGUUUUUCUUUCUGCUUUUCUUGUAACUUGACAAACUAUGGUAUUGCCUUACAUAAAUAAUGUAUCAACCAUUCCACUACAGUUUCUCAGGUUUGCAUCCUACAGCCAUGGCAAAGCACCACCCCGAUCUCAUCAUGUGCCGGAAGCAGCCCGGCAUCGCCAUCGGGCGGCUGUGCGAGAAGUGCGACGGCAAGUGCGUCAUCUGCGACUCGUACGUGCGGCCGUGCACGCUGGUCCGCGUCUGCGACGAGUGCAACUAUGGGUCAUUCCAGGGGCGGUGUGUUAUCUGCGGUGGUGUGGGCAUCUCGGACGCCUACUACUGCAAGGAGUGCACCCAGCAGGAGAAGGACCGGGAUGGUUGCCCCAAGAUCGUCAACCUCGGUAGCGCCAAGACUGAUCUGUUCUACGAGCGCAAGAAGUAUGGGUUCAAGAAGAGGUGAUGGAGAAGAUGGUGCUGUCAGGUUCGCUUGGCCUCUUGUUGAGUUGUGUCCGUCGAUACCGGGAGUAGGAUUUAGUGGUAGUAGCUUUGCUUUCGCAAAAUGUUAAUGGUGGUGAUGGAUGGUGGCUUGAAAUGUGAACUGAAAUGUGCUUUUUCUGCCCCAUAAUUUGCAUCUGAUUUCUGGUAACUGAUGUAUGGCUGUCAUAUGGGAAACAAAAGAUUACCUUAUGAAUUGCAGUUGAGCAUGCCUGAUUUGCUUGACACGGUGCUAA